UCAGUGUGUGGCAAAACAAGUGUUGCACGUUCCAACACAAGGAUAGUGGGGGGGCAGAAUGCAACGGCUGGCGCUUGGCCAUGGCAGGUCAGCAUUCAUGGGAGCGAGGGCCAUUUCUGUGGUGGAUCACUCAUCAACAAUCAAUGGAUUCUGUCAGCAGCUCACUGCUUUCCAGGUACAGCACCCUCUGGCCUAACUGUGUACCUGGGCCGACAGACACAGGCUGGACCAAAUCCAAAUGAGGUGUCCAGAACUGUCUCUAGUAUCAUAAAUCACCCAGCCUAUAAGACUUCCUCUCACGAUAAUGACAUCGCUCUUCUGCAACUGGCUUCGCCGGUGAAUUUUACUGACUUUAUCAGUCCGGUCUGUCUGGCUUCCUCAAACAGUGUGUUCUUCAACAAAACCUCCAGCUGGGUCACUGGAUGGGGAGCGAUUCGUUCAAACACUCCCCUGCCUUCAUCGAUACCUCUACAGGAAGUGCAAGUGUCUGUUUUUGGAAACAGGCAGUGUAAAUGUCUUUAUAGUGUCGUCUCACAAAUCACAGACAACAUGAUAUGUGCUGGACUAUUGGAAGGGGGCAAAGACUCCUGUCAGGGUGACUCUGGUGGUCCUAUGGUCAGCAAACAGGGUUCGGUCUGGAUCCAGUCUGGAGUUGUGAGCUUUGGCGAAGGUUGUGCUAAAUCAAACUUCCCUGGUGUGUAUGUCAGAGUGUCUAAGUACCAGGACUGGAUCAAUGGGUAUAUCACCACCAACAAGCCAGGCUUCAUUACGUUCAACUCCAAUGGUACUGACGGUGACCUGAGCAUCAGCUGUGCUGAUGUGCCUGCCAUCCCGACAACUACUGCCCCUACAACUACACCUGUCCCACCUGUAGUGUGUGGAAGUGCCAGUCUGAACACCCGUGUAGGAGGAAUCAGCUCCCUUGUGUCUCCAGGCAUAUGGCCAUGGAUGGCCAGUCUGCAGUUUAACGGCAGUCACGUUUGUGGAGGAGCGCUGAUUGCUGAACGCUUUGUCAUGAGCUCUGCCAGCUGUUUUACCAGCUCCAACAAUACCUCCGAUUGGACCGUGAUCCUGGGCCGUCUAAAUCAGAACGGCUCCAACCCCAAUGAGGUCUCUAUAAAAGUGGCGAAUCUCAAUAUCAGCAAAACCACAGGCGACAACGUUGCAGUCUUGCAGCUGGCCGUUGCACCAAACCUUACAAGUUUCAUCCAGCCUAUAUGCGUGGACAUGGGAGAAAAUACCUUCAGCGCUAAUACUCAAUGCUGGGUGGCAGGAUGGGGCUCAGGAGCAGGAGGAGUGAAUCAAACUCUUCAGGAAUUCAAGACCUCUAUUGUGGAUUGUGUAAAUGCAAGCAACAGUAUUUGCACAAGUUCUUUGAACUUACAGCAGGGUGAUCAAGGGGGUCCGCUGAUGUGUAAGCAGGGUCUGUCAUGGAUCCAUGCUGCUGUUUUGACCUUAAAACCGAGCAGCUCUAAUACGAGCUCCAGCAACAGCACUGCAUCAUCCCGCUCUCUCCGUGUAGAUGUCCAGGCAUUUACUAAAACCUCCAGCUUUGCAUCAUUCCUGAGAGAUUUGGUGGGCUCUUUCCCUCAAAAAGUCACAAGCCCCACUGCACCUACAAACAGCACCAACACAACCCAAGCUAAUGGGUCACAAUUAUCUUCUUCCUUCUCUUUGACCCUUUCUGUCCUGUUCCUCUCACAUGCAGCUUUCCAAAUCUUUCUUCAAGGCAUCAAUUGAGUUUUUUGAGUAGAAGGGGACAUUUUUCAUUAACGAUGAGUGUGACUGUAAAUUUUCAGUGUGUUCCAUAUGACCCAUUAUAUAAUCAAACAGCAUGAAAAGCUUUUGUGGAGCACAUCAUUCAUUUUUACUUCUGACAAAUGUGAACUCUUAAGAUCUUUGUUAUCUCACACCAAGCUGUUGCCUGUUGUUCUUACACUACAAUUACAUUGUAUGAUUGUCUCUGGCAGUACCUUAAAACAAGUGCAUAGCUAAUAAUUUGUGUAAGCAGGUGGUUUACAUAUAUUUGCAUUGUAGCAGAUUCAGCAUGGCACUUUAUGGAAAUGUCCCAAUUUGAGUGGUUCAGUUCUAAUACUGACUAUAACGUAUGUUAACUAACAAAUACCUCAAGCUGUUCCACACUUGGGAUAUUAUAUUAGUGUUUGCAAAAAUCAUUUUUCACAACAUUUUUGGAAGAAUGUGUAAACUAUAUUUUUCUGAUGUUUUUUUUGUACAACCUUUUAUCUAUUUUCUGUUUGUUUUUUUAUGAAAAGUUCUAUGAUUUCAUAUGAAGGAAGUAACUUUUCAAUGCACUGUUAAAAUGUGAAAAGUGAUGUAUUUUUUAGGUUGUAAAAAUUAUUCAAUUAAAAUAACAAUUUAAGCUGGAAA